AUGUAUAUGCCCAACACUCAGUGGACGUGGUCCUUUGCCAUCGUCACCCUAGUCCAGACCCUGGUGACGCUGGGUCUCGAAUGUUACAUUUUCGCCAACUUUCAGAUUCAAGAGGAGACCAAUACGAGUCCGUCCUCGAGAACUAUCCCCACUUUCCUCGCUCUCUACAGUUUCGGGUUUAUCUACGAGUUGGUCCUGGUGUAUGACGCACUACGGAUGAAAAAUACCAUUCAAAUCAUCGGAUUGUGCGCGUGUAAUUUCGGUCUCUUAAUCUACGGCGCCGUUCAAGUGCGACAGAUUCAAAAUGCCGUCUCCGUCCUGUCUGACAUGGACAAAAUUAGCCCCGUCGUCUGGGCCCAGUCUCAGCCGUUCUUGAUCAUCAUUCCGUGCAUCGUCGCUCUUGGAUCCCUCUUGAUGACAUUUGUCGCGUGGAAGCUGUACGAUGAGUUCGCGUGGACCAUCUACAAGCACAUUAGCGCGGAUCUGCGCAUGAAGCGUCGCUACCUCGCCUACCAAAUUUACAUCGCUCUGCUUAAGUUCGAUUUCUUCUUUUUCCUGGGCUUUACCGUCCAGUUCUUGGUCGUGGUGUCCUCCUCCAAGCACGAUGCCGAGUUCUACCUGACCAUCAUUGCGGUUCCCGUAACGAUCAUCAUCCUGCUCUGCGGUGCCUUUUUCGUCCGACGCGAAUUCACUGCGGGCAUGAUCGUCAUUAUCCUGCUAUUAUUCGCGGCCAUGGGCUACUUCUGCUUCAAACUCUUCCGCAUGUAUGCACCAGCGACUUUCCCUCAAUACCUCCCGGCUCGUCCCUCGAUGACAUUCUUCGCCAUCAUCACUCUGAUUCUGAUUGUCACGACAAUUAUCAAUGCCUGCAUCUGCGUGCACAACUUCAACUGUGGCCUGAAGCCGCACAUCAACAAGAAGAAGGGUCGUCCCGAGGAGAAGACUACCGAGCUCUCCGACAAUGUCAACGGCCAGGUUCCUUCGCGGAUGAUGAUUGACUAG